AUGGCGCACCUAGAAGCAGCACUACCAGAUGGACCUGUUGCCUCUUCUUUGUCACAAGGCUCUCGCGCUCCGCGAAUAGCUAGACAACCCCUUCUAUUGGCUGUAGGAUCAUCUGAUGGCAGCCAGCUGGCUGCUGGCUUGUCUGGCUUGCACGUCCGACUCCCGCGAUGCCUUACAUGUGGCAUAGCUGCUGUUGCCGGCACUGCCACAAUGCAUCGGCGCAGGGAGAGAAGUUCCAGAGACGGGCAGCGAAGGCCAGAUGCUAGAGGAAGGCGAGAAGGGCGAGAAGGGCGAGAAGGAGCCAGGAGAGGCAGAUAUGUCGAACACCGAAAGCCAGCAUCGAUGGACUGGGGCGGUGUAAAGGUCACAGGACCUGCGGCCGAGUGGCUUCAGUCCCAGAUUGAGAUGGCGGGUGGGGAGUUCGAGCCAUCACCCAUUCAGCAAGAGGCGAUGUCACGGAUCUAUGAUGGUGAGUCUUGCUGCCUCCAUGCCCCGACUGGAACUGGCAAGACGCUGUGUUUCCUUCUGCCUCUGCUGCAGCGAUUCUCCGAGGAGGCUGCACGGACACCAGUUCGUGGCCUUCGUUUCCUGAUUUUGGUACCGACUGCAGCCCUUCAACUGCAGACAGCAGCACUUGCCCGAGCCCUUCUAGGGCCUGGUAAAGCUGAAAAUGUCACUCUCCUGCGGCGUGAUGCAGACAACACCAGAGAGCCCAGCAACAUCGUUGUGGCCACGCCACGCCAAAUACGAGAUUUGUUGGACGAACCGCGGACGCAACCCCUUUGGCUACGUGCACUGGGCCAACUUGAUUGGGUGGUGGUGGACGAGGCUGACAAGCUCGUGAACAAAUGGAAGCUAAUGCAGCGACGGGAAGCGAUACGAGAGGGGCGGGUCCUUCCAGCAGUUGCCCUUCUCAAGGAAAUCGAACUCCAGACCACCAAAGCGGGUCGCCGCGAUGAGUGGCAGCUGGUGGGCGCCACCGCCACCCUCAGCCGCAGGACUUUUCGCAACAUGAAGUACAGCGCCGGCAUUGACUUGGCGCUGAUCCGCGUUCCUGGAAGCGUAACCCCGAAGGUUGAACAGCAGGUAUCGGGCGGACAGUAUGGAGAUGGCACAACAAGCUGGCCCGCAAAGUUGCGGCACAGACUGCGCGUUCCCGUACCGUUCCGCUUUCCCAAGGUCAUGACAGUUGCUGCCAAGACCAUCUACGAGUUGGAAGCAGAGCGGGUUCUAGUGGUUCUUGCCACCACCGGGUACAGAGGUCGGGCUCCGACUAGCGAGUAUGGGCGCAGCGUGGUCUUGAGCCAGCUACGGUUUCGCUUGGAGGACAUGGAGCACGAGAGACGGAGGAUUGAGGUCAUCAGCAUUUCCGAAGCGGUUGAGGCGGCGGCCGAGCUGUGGUCCAGCGAAGGAAGUCGGCAACGUGUGCGAGGUCCGAGCCAAAGCCAGGUGAUCGUGGCAUCGGCUCAGGAGAUUCGGGGAAUCCACCUGGACUUCAUUGACGCGGUUGUGUUGAUUGGAGAUCCCGACAGCAUCAGUGACUACUUGCACGCUGCGGGCCGUACAUGCCGUUACCAGCCGGGGUCUCCCGAGCCGGAGGAGGGCAUUGUGGUCUCCAUCGUCCCACAAAUGACCGCCACGAAGAUCUGGAAGUGGUCAUCCCUGUCCGGUUUCAAGGUUGUUGAGGUUCCGCUGAGGCGGCAUAUCAAGACUCUGGAACCAGCUGAGAGGCUGCUAACGGCAAGGCAAAAGCAGGCAGCUGCUGAACUGGACGAGGCUCUGCAGGGCUUUGACGAGGAUGAUCUGUCAGACUGGGACGUCGGGGAACCGACACCCCCGCCAUCAGUGUGGAGCUGA